AUGACACUACUAAAACAAGGACUAAAUGUCAUUAACAUAACUAUAUCUUCAAAGGCGCACAGAGACAUGAGUAAGCCUUCCCUUUCAAUUGAACAACUGUCUGUCUUUAACGUAAGUACCGAUAUAAUUUAUGAAUCACCAAAUGUGUCAUAUUACAAUAAAGGAUCGUCUUUUCCGGUUGAAGCGUUUUGGACACUCUACCUUUUUAACCUUAAUGACGACGAAAUUGGCACUGUGUACCUGCUCCUUAAAUACAAACUUCAUUCAACAACUGUAACAAUAGGAGAAACGUAUUCAUUCAAAGUGGUUUAUGAUGAUCGGGUAUUGGAGUACCGAGUACCAACUAACAAACCAAUCAUUUAUCAGGAUGAAGACUUGCGUUUAAUGUCAGAAAUUCACAAACUAUUUGACGGUAACUUUACGACUUGUGUUGGGCUGCCAGUACAAGGUGAGAGCCCACCAUGGUUUUGGAUGAGACUGAAUACAACCUGGCUGAACAUAUCGUCUUCAAACUUCGGCGUUAGAGUAGCUGGCAAUCAAAUAUCGUGCCAGCCAAACGGACAGACGCUACUACAGAUUGCAUAUCCUUUGGAAAGCCCAAUAUUCGAAAAUGAGCUGAAACACCGCAUGGAAUUCUGCAUUUUGACUUUAACCAACAUUACCUCUAAUCGACGUGUAGUGGAAUGUGAUUACCAUUGCCAAUGUUCCAAAGGCAAUGACUGCCAGGAAAUGAUUCUUUUCAUGGCAAACCAAGAAAAAAUGGCGCCAUGGAGUUUAUGUGAAAUAUCUGCGAGAAACGUAGUUUGAGACUUAUAUUGUUUGUACCUGUGCUUAUAUUAUCUUUUAACAUAUCAAAAAGCAGUCCUUUCUAAUAAAAAAAAAAGAAAAAAAGAAAGAAAUAAUACAUUUUUUUCCUUAAGUGAGACUGUAUUUAUGCCUAUCUUUUUAAAGCUUGCUUUGAAUAAAACUUUAUAAUGCAUGGAAUUU